CUGAGCAUUUCAGAGCCAUGAGGAUGCUUCUGCGUUUGAGUUUGCUGGCUCUUGGAGCUGCCUGCGUUUGUGCCAUUCCCAUCGAAAUUUCCAUGAGUACACUGGUGAAAGAGACCUUGGCGCUGCUUUCCACUCAUCAAACUCUGCUGAUACACAAUGAGACCCUGAGGAUUCCUGUUCCUGUCCAUAAAAAUCACCAACUUUGUACUGAAGAAAUCUUUCAUGGACUGGACACACUGAGGAAUCAAACUGCACAUGAGGAUGGUGUGGAACAACUAUUCCAAAACUUGUCUUUAAUUAAAAAGUACAUUGACCGCCAGAAAGUAAAAAAGGUGUGGAGAAGAAAGACGGAAAGUAAAGCAAUUCCUCGAUUACCUGCAGGAGUUUCUUGGCAUAAUAAAUACUGAGUGGACAAUGGAAAGUUGAGACUAAACUGGUUUAUUACAGCCAAAGAU